AGCACAAAAGUACAAAGUGUUGUUGAAAAUUGAAAAUUCUAGUCUUCAUGCGUGGGUAAAGUCUAAGAUUUUUAUUCCUCUUCUCUUACACUAUUAUAGCCUAGUUACUUCCAAGCUGAAGGUUGCUGCUGUGCCUUCCAUAUCUAUACUCGUUUUGCAGGGAGCUGUGAGCAUUGCGGCUCCCUGUUUCCACAAUGUGGGUUUUCGAGUAUUUCACGUCAGCACUGCAAUUUUUAGGUCUUUGGAAGAAGUCGGGAAAGCUCCUGUUUUUGGGCUUGGACAAUGCCGGAAAGACAACACUUCUUCACAUGCUGAGAGAUGACAGAAUGGGGCAACACGUCCCCACCUUGCAUGCAACGUCCGAGGAGCUCAAGAUGGGAGGCAUCACAUUUACUGCUCACGAUGUUGGUGGGCACGAGCAAGCUCGUCGUGUGUGGAAGGAUUUCUUUGUGGCCGUAAAUGCUAUUGUAUUUAUCAUUGAUGCAUUCGAUCGGGAUAGAUUCCAGGAAGCUAAAGAAGAACUCGAUGCACUCCUCCGAAACGAGCAGGUGAUGAAUGUCCCGGUGCUGAUUUUGGGCAACAAGAUCGACAAGUAUGGUGCUGUGUCGGAGGCAGAUUUGCGUCAAGUGUUCGGCCUGCAUGGCACGACAGGAAAGGGCAACAUCCCGAAGGGGGAGUUGCAUGGACGACCCAUGGAGCUUUUUAUGUGCAGUAUAUUUAAGAAGCAGGGCUACGGAGAAGGAUUCCGCUGGCUGGCACAGUACAUUGACUAACUUUGCCGUGCAGCACACUUUGGCUGCACUCUACGCACCGAGUGCUCUUGCUGUUGGUUUGGUAUGGAUGUUGUAUUUAUUAGCCUACAUAUGGUUAUUUUUUUAGUGCGGCUAGAUGGUUGCUGGCACACACCAUGGAGGCGAACUGUGUUCAGUGGUGACCCGCAUGUCCGAGCACAAUACUGCCUGCCAUGCCAUCCAUUCUCUGCAUGAACAUCUGAAUUCGAACUGUGGACUUUAGCCAUCAGCAUGCUGUUGCUUUUACUGUUAGAUGCGGGUCAUGUACGAUCUGCUGCAUGCGUUCGCUGCACAUACUGGCAGAAUUACCGGUAUCAGCCACACCGAGACGUAUCUGCCCACCCUUUACUUGCCAACACCAUGCUUGCUACUCCUCUACAUGUACCUGUAAAUAUGUUCAACAAAAGUAAUCUGCUGGUAACGAUUGUGCUUGUUAUUCAAACUUCUAACUACUUGUAAUAUUGUUCAUGGAAAGCAAUCUGCUGGUUCUGAUUGUGCUUGUUAUUGAACCUUCGACCAACGGAUUUCGUUAUGGUUUUUGGUCGCAAUGUGGGCCAUGACAUGAUAAUCUGGUCACAUUUUCAUGCAUCGUCAUGAUCGCAUGUUUAUUAUAUACCAAGAGCACAUAGCCACCAGGAUAAUCUUGAUUUUGCCCGUGGGUCAGGCAGAGAUGGAUGUACGCAUACUGCGCGUAUUGUGCUUCUGGUUUUCACGA